UUUUAUUUCCAGACUUAACCUAAAUAUUUCUAGUUUUUCGGAUGUGUUUUGAAAGUAUGAGAUUAUAUCGAUGAGGAUCAAGUAGUGAAAAGGCUCGUUUUUUGAGAUGUGCCAUAAUGCUACCUAAUAAUGGUCCUAACUGUUGCAGAGUGUUGCAACGUGGUUUCUUACAUGUGAUAGCGAUUUGUGUUUUGAUGUAGAAUAUCACCGAAAUGUGAAGUGUUGAUGCCGAAACCGUUCAAAUCUUUAACCUUUAAGGAUUUCAAUAAAAUCGCGACAAAUUUCUCCUUCCGCCAAACUAAUCAGUGAGCGAAUUAACGAUGUGAACUACUUCCCAUGAGGAAUACUGCGGAUUUCUACUGCCGUGAGUUUUGUAUGCGUUAUGGCUGAAAAUUUGCUACAGGGUCUGCAAUCGGCCGCAAAUUCCACAUCACAAGCUGAGGCCCUGCGAUAUUUUGAACAGCUGAAAAAUUCUGAAGAUGGAUGGAAACUUUGCGGUGAUGCUUUGGUUCGAAAUCUUUAUAGCGAUGAAACUGUGAAGUUCUUCUGCUUCCAAGUUUUGGAGCAUUAUAUUAAAACAAGACAUGCAACAGCCUCACCACUAAAUCAGUGUACAGCAAGAAAUAUUCUUUUAACAUGGCUUAAAAAUCAGUGUUGUAGUAAAACAGAUGAUCAAAACUUUUUGAAGAACAAGGCUGCUCAGGUGUUCAGUUUAAUCUUUGUCUGUGACUAUCCUGAAGGGUGGCCAACAUUUUUCUCAGAUCUUCUUCAGUGCUUGCAGUUUGGUGCCAAAGCAGUAGACAUGUAUCUGAGGAUUUUGAAAGCCAUUGACGAGGAAGUAGUCGACAGAGAUGUAACAAGAAAUCAGCAGGAGGCAGACAGAAACAUGAAGAUCAAAGAUGCUAUCAGAGAGACUUGCAUCACAAAUCUUGUGGACUCUUGGUAUCAAAUCUUGAAUACCUACGAGAACAGUUUAUCAUCAGUUAUGUGCCUAUGCUUGGAUGUUAUUGGAGCUUACAUUGAAUGGAUUGAUAUUGGCCUGAUAGCAAAUGAUAGAUUUAUAAGUGCCCUUCUUAGAUACAUGUCAGUGGAAGUCCUCCGUGAGAGUGCUUGUGAUUGUAUCCAUGAGAUCAUCAUGAAGGGAAUGGAGCCAGUUGCCAAGCGGGAACUCAUAGAGUCUCUUGUCAGUGUUUUAGAAAAAAGCGGAGUCCUUCAGCUGCAAGAGGAUGAAGAUGCUGAUUUUUUAGCUAAAGUGUCAAAAUUGAUGAAUGCUGUUGGAACACAACUUCUUAACAGCUACAGCAAGCUUACAAAGUCUGGUGAUACAGAAUCUGCAGCCAAGUGCCUCUAUGCUGCUGAGAAAAAGAUGCAAUACCUGUUUAGAUUUCUUAGUCAUGAUGAUGAUGAUGUGUCCCAGAAUGUGUCUGGUUUUGGAUAUACUUACUUGACUGUGUUGAAACAGAUUGCAAAUCCAAGUGAACAACAGAAAGAAAACUUAAGGGGAAUUUUGCAUGUCAUUAUCAACAAGAUGAAGUACGAUGAAUCAUACAACUUUGAUCAUGAGGGUGAAGAUGAAGUGAUGUUCAUGGAAUAUAGAAAGGAAAUGAAGAUCUUAUUUGACAAUAUUGCUCAGCUGGACCCUAAUCUUGUGCUGGUCUCAGUUCACAAUAUUUUGAAUUCAACAUUUGGGCAAUUAGAUGCAGCCAAGUUUAUGGAUGUGGAGAUAGCUGUGCGGGUUCUUUACAUGGUUGGAGAAGCAAUGUCGACCCAACAAUUGUACUCUGAUGCCUCAAAGUUUUCAGCGCUUCAGCAAAUGAUGAGUUUGUUGGUGACCAGUAAUGUGUCUUACUACAACCACUCCUCGGUGGCUCAAAUGUUCUUUGAGACAGUUGUCAGGUAUGACAGAUUUUUCAGCAUCCAGAGUCAACACAUUCCAGCAGUACUGAUUGCUUUCCUCGAUGAGAGAGGACUCCGGAAUCCAAACUGCACUGUUAGGAGCCGAUGUUCCUAUCUGUUUUCAAGGUUUAUCAAGUCUCACAAGGGAAUCAUGGUGAACUAUGCUCAUGAUGUUUUAAAGAGACUACAGGGACUUCUUGUCAUAUCUGCAGACAAUGGUUACCAGCAGCUUCUAUCUGCAGAUGAUCGGUUGUUCCUUUAUGAGAGCGCAGGUAUUCUCAUUGUUGCUAGUGGAGCAGUACCAGAGAAGCAGCUGAUGUACAUGAAGGACUUACUGUCCCCUAUCAUCGAAAAGUUUGAUUCAGUUGUUAGCAAGCUAAUGUCGGAGACCAAUGAUGCCUCUUCCUUGGUGUUUGCCCAGCAGCUCUAUCAUCUCGUUGCCUAUGCAAGUCGAGCCAGUAAAGCUUUCCCCAACCAGCAAGCCCUAAAAGAAAGUGGCUGUGCACCAUGUUUUACAGAGGCUUUGCCAAUUUUCCUCAAAGCGCUGCACAUACCUAUUCAUCGAGACACCAUUCACUCUGGUGUGCGGCAGUACCUCCACAGGAUGAUUGUUUGCCUGGGCGAGGGAGUGCUACCCUUCAUCCCUGUUGCAGUUUCACAUUUGCUGGAAGAUUGCACGGCGCGGGACAUUCAAGAAUUCAUUCCGCUGAUCAAUCAGAUCAUCAGCAGAUUCAAGACUCAAAUUGGCCCCUUCCUCAGGGACGUUUUCAUGGCAAUUGUUAACACAAUCUUCACGGUCCUUGGCAAACCAGCGGAUGAAAAAGAUGCACAGGCUGUCAAGGAAAAGGAAACUCUGAGGCGUAGUUAUUUCUUGUUUGUGGGUGCUGUGGUAACUAAUGAUGUGACAGUGGUCCUCACCUCUCAAACUCCCCAUGAUUUGCACCAGGUGUUGUUGACAUUGAUUCAGGGAGGAGUAGAAUUUCCAGAUCCGGUGGCUCAAAAGAUUUCCUUCAAUAUUCUUCGUAAACUGGUUGAACUCUGGGGUGGCAGCAAUGGAUUGAAUGGUUUCAGAGAGUUCAUUUACGAAAAUAUUGUACCCGCAACGUUUGUGGCUCCAAUGAAGUCGAACUUUGACAUGAAUGACGCACAGACUAUUUUGGCUUUGCAGGAAAUUGCUCUCACGCAGAAAAUGAUUUUGCAGAAACAGGGAAUAGAGUUUAUAGAAUUCCUACAGAACAAAUACCUUCCAACACUUCAGAUUGCACCAGGACUCAUUCAGGAAUAUACAAGGGCUUUACAGCACGCAGACAUAAAAACCUUCAAGAACUAUAUAAAGGCUUUUUUCACCAACCUUCGUUCUUGACCAAGGCUAAGUCCCUUCACCACCAGACGGAGGGAACGAGUUUUGUUUAAUAUUAAUAUAUGUAGUUACAGUGUGGUGGCUGUAAAAACAGAGGAUAGAGUUUAACUUUAAUUUUAUCAUAGAGAUGACAGCGUCCCCGAAUAAGAAAAUCGAAACAGUUAGUGUUAAACACAAAAUUUUACAGAUCAAAGGUUGAAUGAUAUUUACAAUUUGAGCAAAGCCUUAAACAGUUCUUGAAAUUAUCUUGAACAUACUAAACUACCUCAUAAGCUAUUCUUUUAUUUUAAAAAGAGUCAGUAUUUGGUAAACCUGUCAAAAUUGCAAAUCUGCUCUCUUUUAAAUAGAAAAAAGCACCGAAUUUUCUACAAAUUCUUUUAUAUUGGUAGCAGGGUCACCGAUUUAUGAUGGUGGGUUUUCCUGUAAAAGUGACAGCACUUACUUCAGUCUAAAACUUUUAAACUGAGCCUUUAUUUAAGGGUACCGCAAUCUCGCUCAGUGAAAGGGUGUUGAACAGAUCCAUUGUUACGUCUAGAGGGUAAAUAUUAUUCUGUAAAGAAACAAACAAAUUAAAUGUAUCUUCAACGGGACUCUUUUUAGAAGAACACACUAGUCAGAGAAAGGCAGUGUGCCUCUAUCCCCUUCACUCCCAAGAUCUGAAUAUUAAUUUUCUGCAUCGUCAGCCUUACAUUUCAUAUACUAUUAAUUCUGAGAAUUUGGUGUUAAGUCAAGCAUCAUCCCGCUGGUGAUGAUUUUUCUAGCUCUCCAUCACCUUUCUGCUUGACAUUAUGUUGAUAUUGCAAGGGGGAAAAGUGUCCCUUGAUCGCUCCUGGGAUUACAAUUCUUAAAUUUGAAUAUUAUGGCUAGGAAACCAGUCAGUCUGUGCAUGCAUAUUUAAGCGUUUGCUGGCAAAUGGAGAAAUUUACUUUGGGGUUCACUUGUAGGUCUCUAAUCGCUAUAAAUUUCCUGCAGAAGUAUUACUCAUAUUCACAAAAAUGCAAAUAUAUUCAAUUUAUUGCUCAAAGGCGGGCAAGAAAAGUUAAAUUUUUGCCGUCUGCUUUCGCUCUAACCCGGUUCUUAAUAAUGUUAAUUUGUUAUUAUAAAUUAUUUCAAGACCUUGAUUUGUUAAUAGUAUCCUACAUGUACAGAAGAAAGAAUUUCGCUUUAAAUUAACCCAAAGAAGUCAACCAUAUUUUUUUCUUACGUUUCCUUUGUUUUUCCACUGUAUUUCGUCAACCACGAACACAAACUUGUUAUUCAGGCAUAGACAUAUUAUUUUUUACGCUUUUUACGAACAUUAAGUAGCGUUCAUGUUUAGAGACAGGCAGAGGAACUCUAGAUAAAGAAAUAACAACCUUUGA